AAAGAUGAUGACAUUGAAGAGGGAGAUCUUCCUGAACACAAGAGGCCUCCAGCACCAAUAGAUUUCUCAAAAAUUGAUCCAAGCAAGCCUGAAAGUAUCUUGAAGCUGACAAAAAAGGGGAAGACUUUGAUGAUGUUUGUCACGGUGUCGGGAAAUCCCACAGAAAAGGAGACAGAAGAAAUUACUAGCUUGUGGCAGGGCAGUCUCUUCAAUGCAAACUAUGAUGUGCAAAGGUUUAUUGUUGGCUCAAAUCGUGCCAUCUUCAUGUUACGUGAUGGCAGCUACGCCUGGGAGAUCAAAGACUUUUUGAUAAAUCAAGACAGGUGUUCGGAUGUUACUCUGGAAGGUCAAGUUUAUCCUGGCAAAGGGGCAGAAGAAAGCGAGAAAGGGAAAAAUAAAACCAAACCUGAAAAAGCAAAGAAGAAGAAAGAUGCAGACAAGAAAUCUAAUAGUGUCAAAGAGGACAACCGCAACCAAACAGAGAGAGGAUCUAUGAUGGAUGCAUACACCAGCCUGAAUGCUGCUCUGUUGUUCCUUGAAGAGAAACUAAUUUUCCAUACAAUUCCAGGCUUUACAGGCUGGGGGGAAGGAAGGAAGCAGAAAUUAUUUGGGUUAAAAGACUUCUAUGUCGAAAUACACCAGUUUACUUAUAAUGUGGGCCAUUUGUUUAGUUACAGGAAAG